AUGGCAACAAGAGCAGUUGGUAUUGAUCUUGGUACCACCUACUCCUGUGUUGGGGUGUUUCUCCAUGGCAAAGUGGAGAUCAUCGCCAAUGACCAGGGCAACAGGACCACACCCAGCUACGUGGCAUUUACUGAUACAGAAAGACUGUUUGGGGACCCUGCAAAAAAACAAGUGGCUAUGAAACCCACCAACACAAUAUUUGAUGUCAAACGUCUUAUUGGAAGGCGUUUUGAUGACAGCACUGUCCAGUCGGACAUGAAGUUCUGGCCAUUUAAAGUCAUAAAUGAAAACUCCCGACCCAAAAUUGAAGUGGAAUAGAAAGGCGAAACCAAGACCUUCUAUGCAGAGGAGAUCUCUUCUAUGGUGCUGCAAAAAAUGAAGGAAACAGCAGAGGCAUACUUGGGUGAGAAAGUGAAUAAUGCUGUUGUGACUGUGCCAGCCUACUUCAAUGAUUCUCAGCGACAGGCUACAAAAGAUGCAGGAGUCAUUUGUGGUCUUAAUGUUCUUCGCAUUAUCAACGAGCCAACAGCUGCUGCUAUUGCUUAUAGCUUAGACAAGACGGUAGGUCAGAAAGUGCUCAUCUUCGAUUUGGGGGGCGGCACGUUUGAUGUCUCCAUUCUGACUAUUGACGAAGGUAUUUUUGAAGUGAAGGCUACAGCAGGGGAUACUCAUUUAGGUGGUGAAGAUUUUGAUAAUCGUAUGGUGAACUUUUUCAUGGCUGAGUUCAACCGUAAGCACAAAGUAGAUAUAGGAACCAACAAAAGGUCACUGAGUCGCCUUCGCACAGCCUGUGAGAGGGCCAAGCGAACCUUGUCUUCCAGCACGCAAGCAAGCAUUGAAAUUGAUUCUCUGUUUGAGGGCACUGACUUCUACACCUCGAUCACCAGAGCCCGCUUUGAGGAGAUCAAUUCAGACUUAUUUCGUAAGACAUUGGAGCCAGUUAGAAAUGCACUUAGAGUAGACUUAGAGAUACAUGAGAUUGUCUUAGUUGGAGGCUCCACCCGCAUUCCUAAGAUUCAGAAACUUCUGCAAGACUUCUUUAAUGGGAAGAAACUCAAUAAGAGCAUCAACCCUGACGAGGCAGUGGCCUAUGGAGCAGCUGUGCAGGCAGCCAUCCUAACGGGGGACCAGUCUGACAAUGUUCAGAACCUGUUGCUUUUGGAUGUUACCCCAUUGUCUUUGGGCAUCAAGACGGCCGGUGGAGUAAUGACCGCUACAUACUCUGAUAACCAGCCUGGUGUGCUCAUCCAGGUAAGGCCCACUAUCAAACGUGUUUGAGGUGAAAGAUCAUUGACCAAAGAUAAUAACAGUUUGGGGAAAUUUGAUUUGACUGGAAUCCCCCCAUGUCCAAGGGGGGUUCCUAAGGUUGAUGUAACGUUCGAUUUGGACGCUAAUGAUAUACUGAAUGUGUCUGCUGUAGAAAAAAGUACCGGAAAGGAAAACAAGAUCACAAUUACAAAUGAAAAAGGUCGUUUGAGCAAGGAGGAAAUUGAGCGUAUGGUGAUUGAUGCAAAGAAGUACAAGGAUGAGGAUGAAAAAAUCAAAUCGAGGAUCGUUGAGAGGAAUUCCUUAGAGUCUUAUGCUUAUCAAAUGAAGAGUACUGUAGAGGACCCAAAUUUCCAAAGUAAAAUCAGUGAUGAAGACCAGACAUCUGUCCUGGACAAGAGCAAAGAUGUGCUUGAUUUGCUGAGCAAUAACGAAGAAGUAUAUACAGACGAAUAUGCGGAAAAGCAGAAGGAACUGGGGAGUGUGACUAUUCGUCUCAUCACCAAAGUGUAUCAGGGAGGAGCGAUGCCCGGGAUGUCUGGUCCCUCGGGUGGAGCUGGAGCGUCCUAUUACAGCGCCCCCAGUGGGCCCACCAUUGAGGAGGUGGAUUAA